CAUGUAAAUACCUGUAUCGUUAAUUAACGUUUCAAACGAGUUCACGAUGGAAGAACACGCUUUUGACAGCUCAAAGCUGCACGGAUAUCUGAGAGAAAACUUGGCGGACUUCCCGCCUGAAGAAGGAGAACUAAAAGUCUUCAAGUUCAGGUGAGACCGAUCGAUUGAAAGACGCAUAAGACGCUUGAUAUACGAGAUUUCGAGAGAUUAUGUCUUUUUUUUGUGCGAGUCGCAUGGUUUAAACUUCCAAUUGUAUUUUGCAUAUAAUCAGAAUACAUUCUUAAGUAUCCCUGAUCAAAAUUUUUCGGCAAAUGUUUCUCAUCAUGCUCACCCUUCGAAAAUUACUUUCUUUAAAUUACAUUAGUAUGCAUAAAAAUUAUCUGUUUGGCGGUGACCUUUGUUGAAUAAAUCGUCCUCAUUCAAUUGUGCACUACGGUUUGGUCUUUGAACAAAGCCCUCAAAAACAAAAACCAUUAACGUAUUUUAUUACCUCGUGGUUGCCCAUUUUCAUUAACAGAUUUUCUAGUUGCCGGAUUUAAAGAUUUAGCUUAAAUUCAACCUUAUAAAGUUCACCCUCGGCUCAUAUCCACAUUCGUUACAAAACAAUAGAAUGUUGCCCAUAAAUUUAUUUUUCGUGGUACUUACUACUAAGAAAAAUUAGAUUAGAACUGUUUUCUUUUUGCUGAUUAUUUGAUUUGACUUUCCCACUUUUGUUCCUCCGCAAUGUUUGCUCAAGGCUCCGUGUGGUCACGAAAUUGUGGGGAAGGGUCAUGAGUGACGACACAAAGAACGGUUUCGUACGAUAUUUGAUUAGAAACAGGCGAUGUCACGCUAUUUGUUACCUUUUUAAAAGCUAAAACUUUACUUCAUAUCAAUUGAAUUCCAAAAAAGUAGUCCUGUUUUGAUAUUAAAAAAUUAUAUUCAGGUAUUAAAACGUCUUCUGUCAGUCUGUUGCAACUGAUGACAAGGGAUGGACAUGGAUUGAAACUUAAAAAAGCGGGGCCAACUUUUUCAACUUUUCCUUGUUGCAGGCAUCCCUCCCUUGCUAUUCCUUGCCAUCCGUUGCAAGUAAGGCAUUUAACAAUUAUUGCACGAGGUUGAGCAAAAUAUCGUGAUUUGUCAGUGGCGAGCACUGGAUCGGCUGAGGCAAAUAAUUGAUAUGGGAGACACUGACAAAUCACGAUAUUUUGCGAUUACCGAAUUCAAUAACUGUUUUAUCCUUCAGUCACCGAGUUUGUUUUUUUAUAAAUAUCCUCGGGAAACUGCCAUUUUCACGCAAGAGCAAUCGCAAGAAGGAGAAAAGCGUGCUUUCAUUUGCACAUGAGCAGAAUAUUAUUUGUAGUCGGCAAACUUCGGCAAACACAGUUGGACGACAUUGCGCACGAGCAGACCAUUAUUUGUAGGCAGUUAUUUGCAGGUCAUAUGGUGGGCUCUCUGCCAAUGAAAAGGUAGUGCUCCCUGAUGAAAUUUGUUUGAUAAUUUAUCUCAUUCAUAUCUCUAACGGAGCCUUAUUUGAAUGACCUAAAACAGCAAGAUCGUCAUGAGCCCAAGUCGUCAUCUGGGGCACCCACUACUUCACAUGCAUGAGCCAAACCUAAUACUAAUAAGCAAAAGCCAUAAAUUGGUCAUUUGUAGCCAGCAAACAGGCUUAUUCGUUUGAAUUGAGAGAAGGGGAGCGAAAAAUCGCGAAGAGACGGCCUGUAAAAACAUGGAGGAGGGGAAGUGGUGGAAUGGAGUUGCAUAAGGUUCGGCUCAUGUAAAGUGCGGCGUUUGACCCUGGCCUAAGGAUCGUAAGGUGCCACUUGUUUAAUAAUAAUAAUAAUAAUAAUAAUAAUAAUAAUAAUAAUAAUUUUUAACCAGGAGGCUCUCUCAACAGGGUGAUUUUCGGAGAGCUCCUGAAAAUAGAAAAUAUAAAAAGAUAAAAAGAAGCGUAAAACGAUAAAAAGCCUCAAAAAAACUUCCCUCACUAAAAACCUAAAUGAUCACAAAGAACUAUUAAAAAUAUUAUAAAAUUAGCGCUAGAUAGUCAGAAAGUCAUUUGAUUUUCUUAGAAGAUAUAUAAAACUGUUCAGAGUUUAACAACACUGAAAAUAACUAUAAAAAUUACGUUUAAAAUACUCGAGGUUAAGCUUUUAAGCACAGAUCUAGACUGUUUCAGUCUUUAACAGCUUUAUAAUGGGUCCUUUGUUUUCCCUAGUUUCUUCUUACACGGGGCAGUCUCAAGUUAUCUUUGUGUUGUGUAUCGUAGCCGUGUACAUCUUUAUUACCAAUUAAUUUCAUUUAUAUCAACUUGCUUUGAAUUGAGAGACAAACUUAGCUUAUCUCCGGAAUAAUUAAUCCUACUGAUGGUCAGAAAUAAAAAAUGAUUAAUAAGUUUCAAAUUAUUUUAAAUAUUUAAUUUACAAGGAAUCAAUGAGUAAUUUCAAGUAGCUUUUGCGAUACUGUAAUACUUUGUUAUGGUCAUGCAAAUAAAGCUUAUCAUUGUUGUUGUUGUUGUUGUUGUUAUUUGCUAACAGAUCCAUACUGUGAGCUGAGAUCUCAUUAACACAUUUAUAAACGUAAAGCCAACGAUGAAAAAGUCUGCGUUUCUCCAAGGUUAACCAACCAAGGGCUUCAAGCGCAUCGGUGGCAGAUGAAUGAAAAGGGCGGUCUAAUAUAGUUUUGGCAGCCUUGUUCUGCAGGAGUGGUAAAUUGUUCAUGAGAACAGCAUUGCCCUUAUCCCCCCAAACAUUGUCGGCAUAAUCAAACACCGGGAGAAUGAGACUGUUAAAGAAAAGAAUACGCGCACUACGUGGAAGCAAACUCUUAAUUCUCCGUUUAAGUCCUAAGCGUUGAUUUAUCUUCGUGGAAAUAUAUUCAAUAUGCUCCGUCCAGGUAAAAUUUGAGGACAAAGAAACACCCAACGCCCUCAACUUCUUUGUCAUAUACUUAGAGAGAUAUAACGGUGGAAGCACGCAAUUUGCGAUCGCUGUCAAUAAGCAUGGACUUGGUGCGCAGACUAGGUGCACUGAUUCCUAUGACUCAGGUAGAAUUGAAACCACUGAACAGCAUUAGGAGUUACAUCCCACGGAAGAUAACUUGGCGAACAGGAUACUGUCAUCCACAAUAUCGAAAGCCUUUGUUUUUGCAAUGCUUGCGUUUAAACUGAUCUGAUUAACAACUGGGCUCCUGGUUAAAGUGGACACUCAUUGUUAAAAUCCAUAUCGUUCAAACUGAACUUUGUUAUGAAUCCUUGUUGAUUAUCUCCUUGCAGUGCUGGAACUUCAAAUCCUACCUUUCUUCUUCGAAAGAAUGGCAAAGAAUUCGUGUUGAGGCAUAAAUCACCAGUUGAAAUGUAUGUUGGAUACCACAAGGUCAGUUGAGUUGCUGUGUCAAGUUCUCAAAUCACAUUUCUAGUUGGAAGACGGGCGAAGUUGAUUAGUCAGGGAGUGAGGUACUCCAUAAAGGACGGAAAAAAGCGGUUCAUUUCAUAACUCACAGUGAUACAGUGUAAAAAGUAUCAAGUCCGAGCAUUAUUUAAUGUAAUUCACGUAAUAAGCAGAUAAUAAACCGAGACCUAUUACGAAUAAAAGCCGUUUCGUUUUUAUUUUAUAUUUCAAUUAGUAAUUUCGACGAGUUGCCCUAAUUUGCACAAAUCAGAAGGAUUCUGGUAUUAGUAGAAAAUGACGUCAUCAUCAAUGGCAUAUUGUGACACGCGUCCUGUAUACCAAUAGAUUUACCAAUGCAUAAUUACAACAAAUCGAUAGUGGCCUUUUUCUCGGGCAAAAAAGAAUGGAUUUAAAAUCGUAAUUUUUUUAUAAUUUAACAGGUUGAUGUGGAAUACAAAAUCAUGUCUGCCCUCAGUGGUGCUUCUGUUCCGGUUCCUAAAAUGUACCUAUUCUGCGAAGACAAGACAGUUAUGGGCCAAGAAUUUUACGUAAUGGAAUAUAUCAAGGUACAACUUUCGACUUUCGACUUUCGACUAUCAAUUAUUAUAUCGCCAAAUCUGAAAAGAGGUCGUUCUCUCGGCCCAUGAUAAUUGAUAAGAACAUAUCCCUCUUCUUUCUCAAAAUAGCUCGGUGUAGUCGUUCAGAGUUAGUGUUUACGUUCCUAUUGUCUACCUCGCCAUGUAGUUGUGGUAAUAGCAUUAUCUUUCUAUUCGGUAUGGUAUUGCCGUUUCUCCUACGAGCUCGGGUGACUUCAUCCUCGGAGACCCAGGGGCAGAUUGUGGGGGCGAGGGAAAGUCUAAGCGGGCUGAAAAAUAUGACUCGAAGAAAAGUAAAGAACGGCGAGAAGAGCUCUUCUCGCCGUUCUUUACUUUUCUUCCUGCCAUAUUUUUCCGCCCGUUUAGACUUUCCCUCGCCCCCACUUUCUGCCCCUGGGUCUCCGAGGAUGGGGUGACUUACCCUUACUUGUACAAGGGAAGAGUUAUCGUAAGGUCUCCGGUUUUUCAAUUAUAUACGAAGUUUUACAAGGACACAAAGAACGGCCUCAUGGCAAACUAACAUGCAAAUUAAUCUGAUUUUUCCUUAGGGUCGUCAGUUCCCGGAUGCCAACCUUCCAGGCGUCCCUGUUGACCAAACUAGGGCUAUCUUUGAGGCUGCAAUUAGAACUUUGGUACAACUUCAAACUGUGAACACAGACGGACUUCAUCUGGAAGGACUUGGUGACAAAGAGAACUACUUCCAAGCAAGGGUACAUAAUCAAAAAGGUUUUAAUUUAAAGAAUAAAAAUACUUUUUACAAAACCAACGAUACUAAACAGAACAAUAGCAUCACAUAGGAGCAACCGGUCACUAGCCGGAGAAAACCAGCAAAACUCAGUUGAUCUUUAUAUUCUCAUGUCCAAACCGGAAAUGUUUUUUAAAAGUUAGCAAGCUUCUCUUGGUUUGUUUCAAAAAGAGGUAGGGGGCAUGGCUAGUAGACAUGGCUGGUAUAAAAACAAGAAUAAACGUCAUUUUUUCUACUGCUUUUUCCAGCUCGAAAAGCUCUACGAAGGAUACAAACGAACCGAAAGGAAGGCAGUUCCAAAGGCUCAUCAAUUAAUGGAAUGGCUAAAAAAUAACUUGCCAAAGGAAAACAGGAAACCCGGUACGUAAAACAUGAUCAAGAAUUAAAUACUUAAUAAAAUCAUGUAAAGAAUUGAAAUCAGAUUUAAAAUGAUAAAUCUUGGUUUGAUGUAACCCUCCCUCGUCAACGUGCGCUGAUGAUGUUGAGUCUAUAGACGUUGCAAUGUCGUGAGAAUAUUCUCACCUAUCAGAUGAGCGCCGUUUCGUUUCCUCCGUUUGCUUCUUAAAGCUUUCAGCGCGCGUGGUAGAUGGUUCCAGUCAAGAUGGCCUCCACGUCGACAUUAUGGAGAAAGUGCAAAAAAAGGAAUCAUUACAGUAAUAGCUUUCCUUGAGUAAACUAUAGCUAAAACUAUAAAGGAACUAAUGAAGGCCAUUAAAACAAUUAUCAUGAUUUGAAAGACAGUUGAAAAGUUCCUAGUUGGUGAAAAGUGUAAGUUAAUUUAGAAUUUUAUAUUUACGUAAAAGGUGCGAGACCUGAAACGGUAACAGUCUCUUCAGAGAAAAAAAAUGGUCGAAGCUGGUAGUCUUAAUUGUUAUAGUUUAUUUGAUUUCAGUUAUUUACCACGCCGAUUACAGAAUUUCAAAUAUGAUAUUUAAGGAAGACGAGGUGGGUUUAAGAUUUAUCUUUAUAUACAAAUCAGAUUAAUAAGCUAUUACGCGGGAUAAGAGAUAGAAAAGAGUAGUCUAUCCUUCUGAGCAGUCCUGAUACCCCAAAUAUUGCCUUUCCUCUGCAAGGAGAAACGACGCUGAUAUCCCUUAAAAUAAGGGUUGAUCGAACUGAGGGACUUGAGGGACUCUGGGACAAAAAAACUCAAUGUUUCUUCCAUAACUAACCUUGAAAGACGUUUUUUUUCCUCCGGAGCAAAUUAAGAAAUGAAUAAGUUAAAGUAAAGUUGCAAAAGAAAAUACCUAUCGCUACUUUACGCCGUCAUCAACGUUACAUGUCAUCCCUACAUGUACAUACAUGCACUCAUUCCUAAGAGGCUGUUUUGAUUCUCUAGAUUCAAGAACAUUGUUCUCGCGGCUCCACUUACCAACGCGCUUAAGUCCCCGCUAGUUUAUUGCAAGCUAGGUGUGUAGAGUGAGUUUUGAGUAUUUUCCUUCUCGUUUAAGCCCCAGAUUCUGGCCGUCAUAGACUGGGAAGCAGCUUGUUGGGGGCAUCCAUAUGAGGACCUGGCCUAUUUUUGUUUUCCGUUUCACUUUCCCGCUGAAUUGGAAGUCUUACCUACAGGAAAAGUAGGUAGGUGUCCUCGCUGAUUUGAAUUUUGGACUUAACAAGGCAAUGCUGUCUCAGUGCGACCUUUGUUAUCCCAGACCUUUGUGCCUCCUUUUAAAAAUCUUUGCCCUGGUCACAUUAAAAAUGUUAGAACUAACCUUUUUCACCUGACGAAAUGACGUCAGAACGCACAGAAGCUUAGUCGACGAGGAGAUCCUAGGAUUUUUAACUGAUAUCAUUUAUACACAAGGCAGUAAACUAAUUAUAUAUAUAAAAAUCACUCCGCUAACGUUGUUUGUUCAACCAACUAUAUUCUAUGAAGUGCAAAACACAGUAGUUUUUUACUUUAUCCCAGGCUACUACUCAGAAGGAAUUCCCAGUGAAGAGUCACUACUCUCGCUGUACUGUCAGCUUUCUGGUGAAACACUUCCGCUGCCAGACUGGACAUUUUUCCUGGGGUUGACAUUUUUCCGUGUCAUCGUAAAUAUCCAGGUGGGUGUAAGAACGAAAAAACAAAUAGAGGAAACAGAUGUUUUCUUUAGAAUAGGGGAUCCGCAAGAGAUGCUUACUGCAACUUGAGGCAACCCUUCAUUCCACUCUUUCACUCUUGGGAUUCGUAAACAGCUGUGAAGUGAAAAGUGGUACCUCAAGGUUCUUUUUUGUGACCUGACGUUGAGUCUCAUAGUGUCGACUUAACACGUUUCCAUCCGCGACACUUGCCGUUUAGCUGCGCUGUUUUCUUAGAGCCCUUUCCAAAAGUCAGGACUGGCCAGCCGGACCACCGGUCAUUUUGUAAAUGAAAUGGCUUUUCUUGAGAGUUUUCGCCCCCAAAAUCUAUCACUUCCGUGAUAUAUGAUAUUUAGGAAUAGACUGAUCUGGCGGAAAAGUUCUGAUUUGUGGUAAAAUUCUCUUUACGACUGGACUGGACUACCUCAACCCGGUGCCCAGGGCUUUUCCAUUUUUAAGGGAAAAGCCCUGCGGACGAGGUUGAGACUACCUGUCCAAUUAAUCUAACUUAUCGCAAGCGCCCUUACUCAUAAAAUCUUGCACCACACGUACAUUACCCAUGCACAAAUGGCACUGGCGUGGGGUAGGGUGGGGGGAAUGCCGUAUUGAAGGGACACAGUCAGCUGAUGCACAUGCGAAUGAGGUACACGCUUUUUUAAUCUGGCAAAAACUACUGUCGAGGUCAUCAGUGCGGACCCUAAGCUGACUGUGUUCUUUGAAGUACUCUGUAACUGCUUAAUAUAAUACAUCCACAAAGUGUUAAAAUUCUCUAUCAUUUCCUUACUUUUUCAGACCGUGCUAGCCCAGCUUACUGAUAGCCCCGUUCCAUUCCCUUUCCCUGUCGAGAGUAUAGCUAAUAUGCUUGAACCACUGGCAGACUACGCCUGCAGUUUCGUAGGAGUUAAAUAAGAUCCGUCAGGUGGGAUGGUUCGUGUAUCAUACACCGAAGGCAAGCCUCUUAUUACACCCUGGCUAAGCGUAAAACAAACUUCUCUAAAAUUCCUCAUUUUUAUGAUUUAUGCUGCUGAUUUCCAUGGAGACUAACACAGAGAACACUAAAACCAAAGCCAAAGUUAUGAAGUGAUCCUGAUCUCAGCAAGGAAACAAAGGACGGAGAUUACUACGUAUGCACGACGGUUCAAAGCGACCAAGUUAAUAGCAAUCAGAUAAUUUUCAUUAAUCAGCUAAGUUUUUUUUAGUGAUUCAAAGUAUUGUCGGCCGAUUCUCGGUGAGAGUAACUGUGAAUUCAUUACCCUCUUGGCUCUUCACAUUUUCAUACCCGAACAAGUCACUGAAAAGCUGUGUUCAAAAGAUGCAUUUUAUUUAUCCAUAAUUCUAAGUUAGGAAGUCUUCGUAAAUGUUGUUCAAUUGUUGCGACGAUUACAUUGUAUAG